AUGAGCAAACCAACAGACCUGGAAGGCAGCCUCCCAGCCAUUGCAUCCAUCAGCACCUCCUUCUCCCAGAGCCAGGGCCUCUCCCCAUACUGCUACCUCUCUCCAGAGAAGAGGAAAACCAUCUCAGAUGUGAGGAGGACCUUCUGCCUCUUCGUCACCUUCGACCUGCUCUUCAUCUCCUUGCUGUGGAUAAUUGAACUGAACUUUCUUCUCAGUAGCCUUCUGGUGUCCUGUCUCCCCCAGACCAAGGAUGGCAUCCAGAAGAACCUGGAGCAUGAGAUCAUCAAUUACCACUUUGGGACCUCUUUCUUUGAUAUAUUUGUGUUGGCUUUCUUCCGUUUCUCCCUGCUGCUGCUGGCCUACGCCGUGCUCAGGCUGCGCCACUGGUGGGUCAUAGCGGUUACCACCCUGGUAUCCAGUGCCUUCCUGAUUGUGAAGGUCAUCCUGUCUGAGCUUCUGACCAAAGGAGCUUUUGGUUAUUUACUUCCCAUCGUGUCCUUUGUCAUUGCUUGGCUGGAGACUUGGUUCCUGGAUUUCAAAGUCCUGACUCAGGAAGCAGAAGAGGAACGCUGGUACCAGGCAGCACAGGCUGCAGCCUCUCGUGGUCCCCUGCUCUACCCCAGAGCCCUUUCUGAGGGACAGUUCUACUCCCCACCAGAGUCCUUUGCAGGGUCAGACAAUGAGUCUGAGGAGGAGGCUGCAGGGAGGAAGGCACUGACAGCUCAGGAGAAGGAGUACAUCCAACAAGGCAAGGAGGCCAUGGAGGUGGUGGACCAAAUCCUGGCCCAGGAGGAGAACUGGAAGUUUGAGAAGAACAAUGACUUUGGUGAUGUUGUUUACACUUUUGAAAUCCCUUUCCAUGGCAAGGCCUUCAUUUUAAAGGCUUUCCUGCAGUGCUCUGCUGAAACAGUUUACCAGGAGGUGAUUCUGCAGCCCGAGAAGAUGAUCCUGUGGAACAGAACAGUGGCAGCUUGCCAGAUCCUGCAGAGGAUAGAAGACAACACAGUUGUCUCCUACGACGUGGCAGCUGGGGCCGCGGGCGGCGUCGUGUCCCCCAGGGACUUUGUCAACGUGCGGCGGAUCGAGCGGCGCAGGGACAGAUACAUCUCCUGUGGGACCUCCACCACCCACAGCACCAAGCCCCCACUCUCCAAAUACGUCAGGGGUGAGAAUGGGCCUGGAGGAUUCAUUGUGCUGAAAUGUCCCAGCAACCCCAGGGUCUGCACCUUCAUCUGGAUCCUCAACACGGACCUGAAGGGUCGGCUGCCUCGGUACCUGAUCCACCAGAGCCUGGCUGCCACCAUGUUUGAGUUUGCCUUCCACCUGCGCCAGCGGAUCAGUGAGCUCUGCAGCAAGCCCUGA